UGUGUCCGCUGCUGUCGAGAAUAAGCUGGCUGUGGUGAGCCUGGUCCACGGCCACUCCUCUGACUCACACACUCACACACUGUCACACACAGAGGAAGGUGUGUGUGGCCAGCAGCGCACAUACCUCAGCAGCAGCAGCAGUAGCAGCAGCUCGGACACACUCUGCUCUCUCUCUGUGUGGAUUCAAUUAAAUUAUUUUAAUACAUUUUUAAAUAUCACAAACACCGCCAUCAUGUUGUGGACGGCGAGUCAAGUCUUCAGGAGAUUCUCCACCUCGUCCAAUUACUACCAGAAUAAGCUGAAACUAGCGAUCAUUGGCCAGAGUCUGUUCGGCCAGGAGGUGUACAGCAACCUGAGGAAGCAGGGACACAAGGUGGUGGGUGUGUUCACGGUCCCCGACAAGGAUGGGAAGGCUGAUCCUCUGGCGGUGGCAGCAGAGAAAGACGGGACACCGGUGUUCAAGUUCCCUCGGUGGCGGUUGAAGGGGAAGCCGAUCCCAGAGGUGGUGGAGGCGUACAAGGCGGUGGGCGCUGAGCUCAACGUGAUGCCCUUCUGCUCCCAGUUCAUCCCCAUGAACGUCAUCGACAACCCGACACACGGCUCCAUCAUCUACCAUCCUUCAAUCCUGCCUCUGCACCGAGGAGCCUCCGCCAUCAACUGGACUCUGAUCCAUGGAGAUAACAAAGCCGGCUUCACGGUGUUCUGGGCCGACGAUGGACUGGACACCGGACCCAUCCUGCUGCAGAAAGAGUGUGCUGUGGAGGCCAACGACACCGUGGACUCGCUUUACAACCGCUUCCUCUUCCCUGAGGGCAUCAAGGCCAUGGUGGAAUCUGUGCAGCUCAUCGCUGACGGGAAGGCCGCUAAAGUUCCUCAGACAGAAGAAGGAGCCACAUACGAGGGCAUUCAGAAGAAGUCCAAUGCCAAGGUCAACCUGGCCCAGCCAGCACAGGCCAUCCACAACUGGAUCCGUGGCCAUGACAAAGUCCCCGGUGCCUGGGCUCUCAUUGGUGGUCAGUCCGUGACCCUGUACGGGUCUUCCAUGCUGGGUGAGUCAGUACCAGCCGGUCAGCCCCUGGAGGUUGAGGGAGCAUCGCAGCCCGGCGUGGUCACCAAGAAAGGACUGGUCCUGUACGGGACUGACGGGAAAGCUCUGCUGGUGAAGAACCUGCAGUUUGAGGACGGGAAGAUGAUCUCAGCAUCCAAAUACUUCUCAUCAGGAGAGAGCUCGAGUGUGGAGCUGACGGAGGAAGAGAAGAAGCUGGCAGAGGAUGUCAGGAACAUCUGGAAGGGAAUCCUCAGCAACGUGUCAGCCAUUGAGGACUCAACAGACUUCUUCAAGUCUGGAGCGGCCUCCAUGGACGUGGUCAGGCUGGUGGAGGAGGUGAAGCAGAAGUGUGCCGGCAUGCAGCUGCAGACAGAGGACGUCUACAUGGCCACCACCUUCCAGGACUUCAUCCAGAUGUUCGUCCGCAAGCUGAGGGGAGAGGACCAGGAGGAGGAGCUGAUCAUCGACUAUGCAACCAAAGAUGUGAACAACAUGACGCUGAAGAUGCCAAACCAGUGUUUCAUCAACGGCAAGUUUGAGGACGCUGAAAACGGAAAGACCUACAACACCAUCAACCCGACUGAUGGAUCUGUGAUCUGUAAGGUGUCCUACGCCUCAGUGGGCGACGUGGACCGGGCUGUGGCAGCUGCUAAAGAGGCAUACGAAGUUGGACCAUGGGGCCGGAUGAACCCCAGAGAUAGAGGAAGUCUGCUGUACAAACUUGCUGACCUGAUGGAGGAGCACCAGGAGGAGUUAGCCACCAUUGAAUCUAUCGACUCUGGAGCCGUGUACACACUCGCCCUGAAGACGCACGUGGGCAUGUCCAUCCAGACCUUCAGAUACUUUGCCGGCUGGUGUGAUAAAAUCCAGGGUAAGACAAUCCCGAUCAACCAAGCCAGACCGAACCGCAACCUGACCUUCACUAGGAGAGAACCUCUGGGUGUGUGUGCCAUCGUCAUCCCCUGGAACUACCCGCUCAUGAUGCUGGCAUGGAAGAGUGCUGCCUGCCUCGCCGCUGGAAACACGCUCGUUCUUAAACCUGCACAGGUCACUCCUCUGACAGCGCUGAAGUUUGCAGAGCUGUCAGUGAAAGCUGGGAUUCCCAAAGGAGUUGUAAACAUCUUACCGGGCUCAGGCGGGAUGGUGGGUCAGCGUCUGUCCGACCAUCCAGACAUCCGCAAGCUGGGCUUCACUGGCUCCACACCCAUCGGCAAACAGAUCAUGAAGAGCUGUGCAGUUAGUAACCUGAAGAAGGUUUCCCUGGAGCUUGGUGGGAAGUCGCCGCUCAUUAUCUUUGGGGACUGUGACAUGGACAAGGCUGUUCGCAUGGGCAUGAGCUCUGUGUAUUUCAACAAAGGAGAGAACUGCAUCGCUGCAGGACGUCUGUUUGUCGAGGACUGCAUUCACGACGAGUACAUCAGCCGAGUGGUGGAGGAGAUCAAGAAGAUGAAGAUUGGAGACCCUCUGGAUCGCUCCACAGACCACGGCCCUCAGAACCACAAAGCUCACAUGGACAAGCUGCUGGAGUACUGCGAGGUGGGAUUGAAGGAGGGGGCCACGCUGGUGUGCGGAGGCAGACAGGUGGACAGGCCAGGUUUCUUCAUGGAGCCCACUGUGUUUACCGGCGUGGAGGACCACAUGUUCAUCGCCAAAGAGGAGUCCUUUGGCCCCAUCAUGGUGGUGUCCAAAUUCAAAGAUGGUGACGUGGACGGCGUGCUGCAGAGAGCCAACGACACAGAGUACGGCCUGGCCUCUGGCGUGUUUACCCGGGACAUCAACAAGGCGAUGUACGUGAGCGAGAAGCUGGAUGCGGGGACAGUGUUUGUAAACACGUACAACAAGACGGACGUGGCUUCACCGUUUGGAGGCUUCAAGCAGUCCGGCUUCGGGAAAGACCUCGGAGAGGACGCUCUCAGUGAAUACCUCAAGACCAAAGCAGUGACUGUGGAGUACUAAGACUCUCUGAAUGAACUCUGACCCACAUCCGUCUGCUUCAGUCAGACAUCCAGCUACAUUCUGCAGGACAGUGUGUGAGAGUGUGUGUUUGUAUAUGUGUGUGUGUGUGUGUGUGUGUGUGUGUGUGUGUGUGUGUGUGUGUGUGUGUGUGUGUGUGUGUGUGUGUGUGUGUGUGUGUGUGUGUGUGUGUGUGUGUGUUUGUGUGUGUGUGUGAGAGAGUGUGUGUGCUGAAUGAAUGAAUUAAUGAGAGGAGAGCUUUGUUGUUCACCUCAGUCUGGACAACGUGCCUGUCUUUUCUUGGCUGUCUGAGUGAAAGAACUCACAUCAUGGACAAGAGACACCUGGUUUUUACCCGUCUGUGUUUCUACACACACAAACCUGGAGUCGGACGCCUGCUGGGAGCUGAGCUGGGUCCGACUGUGCUUUCAAAUAAGAGUGUGUUUUAACAUAAAACACACUCUCUGUUUUUAAGAAGUUUAUUCAGUUCUCAAAGUAGUUGCUGUUUUUGUCUAUGAGCUACAUCGUGCCAUGAGGUCAAAAUCUUUGGAGAAGAUGAGAGAGGUGUUAAUUUAAAGGGAAAUUACGUCAUUUUAUAAGCAAGGCCUGGAUUUAACAUAUUUGGGGUCGAACAGGAGGGAAAAGGUUGAGUUGAUUUCUUACAUUGGCGGCUGCAAACAGGCUGUGAUGCAAGCGAUAUCAUCUUUAAAGGGAAAGUCUGUCAACUUAAAGUUCUUGUUAUCACUGAUGAUCUCAAACAGUUCUUCUGACAGUCUGACAACACGUCAAUGACGUGCAUUAAUCCUGCAGAGAUGCACCUUUUUUUAAAUCCAGAAUCAGCUGUUUGAUCGUUUUCUUCAAAGGCACCAGACUCCAUUUAUCACAACUGCUAUUUUACCUCCUCAAUAAUAAAGACACUGAGGGUGUCGAACCACUGCUGCCCCCUGCAGGUGGUUUAUUCAUGCUUUGCCUAACUUAUGUUUUCAAUUGGUUUGUUGGAUGCAGGACAGUAUUUUUAAACACUAAAUAUCUAAACGAUUGAUAAAAGGGAUCAGUAAAGUCUUUAUUCAGCAGGAACAAUGACUGAUUAUGUCUUUGGAGUCUGGUGGCUUUGAAGAGAGAGGCGUCAUUGUUCUUAUGUGGUUAAAAAACAAGGAAACAAAGAGGUCUCUCUCUGCAGGGAUCCUCUCUGUGAUGAUGUCAGACACCAGAAAAACAAUCUGAGCAUCUCAGUGGACAAACUCUGGUACACCGCCGCCGCCACAACAAACAACAGGCUGAAAACAGGAGUUAAACUGCACUUUAGGUUUUAAAAAGAAGUCACAUCCUGGUUUUAACAGUGUUCACCUCCACCUGUAAACACACCUCACAUGUCGGGAUGUCACAGAUCUGUCACAGGUCAUGACUUUUAGCGGUUUUAGCUCCUUCAUCUUAUUUUGUUUGAUCGUUCACACUAACGUGAACAAAAUGGUAGCAGAGAAAGAAGGGAUUAUUUUUAUUGAUAGCUAAAGUCUUAAUGAGGAUUGAGAAGCUAAACUUUUAGAUUGAUUUCUCACUUUUUCAGAAUAUUUUACAGAUUAUCUUGAAUUAUCUUGAAACAGGCUGCGACAGUUAAACAAACUCGGUCACUUUUUAUUUCAUUUUUAUGAUCAUGUCUUGUUUUGUCUGGAUAAAGCUGUGAUGCCCAACAUUAAAGAUGUACUGUUAGCUUCUUCACAGCAUCACACAUGAUGUAUUUAUCAAUUUAGUCUCAUAUCAGAUAAGCUGUAUUUGGUGUUUAAGGUCUUUAUGCGUCUUAAAUGCUGCAAAAAAUGAACUCUUAAAGCUGCAUAACCCCGAUGACAAUCAAACUUUAAAAACAACACAGUGCAUUGCAUUAAUUUAUGAUGGUUUAACUGAGGCCUGUUUGUAUCCUGUUUAGAAUUUAAUGAUUGAUAUGAAACAGGAACAAAAAGUCCCUACAUAAAAACAAACAUUUACACACACACACGUGCAUCUCCUGCUGUGACUGAUACAGUUUUAAUUCUUGCUCCUCAGAGUCUUGGAGUCCUUUAUCCCUCACUGAAACUCUUCUUUUGUCAAUAUUUGACAGAAGAAGGAUUCAUUGAUAUAUAUUUUGUCACACAGGGAGACUCUGAUGUUACAUUCAGUAACUUUACACCUGUAAGAUGUUUUCUCUGCAGCGAUCAGGUGAAGAAGUCGUAAAGUUCGUUUUUUAUCCCACAGUGUGAGUAACCGUAGCAAGGGCUAAGAAGGGAUUCUUUAGGCGAGUUCUCCCCUUGAGGAGCUGCUUGUCUUCAGCAGCUGAUGUCAUGAAACGCUGAAUAAACCUUGAUCUGAAUUUUA